CCACAUAUUAUUUUAUUUAUUAUACAUUUUGUCUUAUUUUUUCAAUACCAUUAUAAAUUUGUGUAACACUCACUCAUCAAAGUGUUAUGAUAUAUUUCAAUUGUGAUCACCCUUUUCUUCUUCUUCAUUCUCAUUAUUAAAUGGCAGAAGUUCUUGUUUCCUUAGUGUUAGAGCAAUUGGCUUCCUUCACUAAUCGACAAAUAGAGCAACAAUGGAGUUUGGUGAGGAGUGGUGUUGAGGAGAAAGUCGAAAACCUAAGCAACAAUCUCGAAGACAUUCAAAUGGUGCUUGUUGAUGCUGAUAAAAGGCAAAUCGUCGAUGCAAGUGUGAAACGUUGGUUGGAUAAGCUAAAAGUUGUGUCUUAUGAGAUUGAAACAACUAUGUAUGAGUGGAACACCGCUAUUGCUCUUCGCUCUAAUCUUAAGCUUUUUGAUAAGGUAUGUUUUUUUACCCUUCCUUGUCUACAUCGAAAUCAUGUUCAUCGACAUGGAUUGCAUCGUCGAGUAGGUUUAAAGAUAGAGAAAUUGAAUGAAAAACUCGAUAGAAUUUCAAAUGAAAAGGAAAGGUACACUUUUAGAACUGCGAUUGAGUAUGAAAGUUAUCGUUCGAAUAAUACUAUUACUACAUCGUUCGUUGAUGUUUCAAAAGUGUGUGGCCGCGAUGUAGAGAAGAAAAUUUUAAUAGACAAGUUGCUUAAUGAUGAUGAGAAUAACAAUGGUAACAAUAUUAUUCCUCUUGUAGGAAUGGGGGGAAUAGGUAAAACAACCUUAGCUCAAUUAGUGUACAAUGAUGAAAAAGUUAAUGCUUAUUUUAAUUUGAAAAUUUGGGUCUGUGUUUCUGACCCUUUUGAUGAGAUAGCAAUUGCUAGGGAAAUUUGUGUGGCUCUUGAAGUUAAAAAAGAAUUUCAUAAAUUAGAUAAACUUCAAGAUUUACUAACACAUAUUAAGGAAUCAAUUGUGGGGAAGAAAUUUCUUCUUGUUUUAGAUGAUGUGUGGAGUGAAGAUAAUAGAAAAUGGGAACCAUUAGAGGAGUCUCUUAGGUAUGGAGAUGAAGGUAGUAAAAUAUUAGUUACAACUAGGAAAAAACAUGUUGCUACUAUGAUGAAGGUUAGAGAAGAACAUAUCAUCUCCAUAAGACACUUGUCUGAGGAAGUGUGUCUUAAUAUAUUUAAUCAAUUAGCAUUUUCAGAUAAUGAGGGUCAAGGGGAAUUAAAAGAAAUAGGUGUUAAAAUUGCACAAAAGUGCAAGGGUUUACCUCUUGUUGCUAAAGCAUUAGGAAGUCUUAUGCGUUUUAAAAAGUAUACAGAAGAAAAUUGGAACGAAGUUUUGCGUAGUGAUUUAUGGAAAUUAGGAGAUCGAGUUGAGAAUGAAGUUUUCGUUCCAUUCUUAUUGAGUUAUUACGAUUUGCCUUCUCUUGAAAAACGUUGCUUAUUAUAUUGUUCAAUUUUUCCGAAAGAUUAUAACAUCGAUAGAGAUGAGUUGAUACAGUUAUGGAUGUCACAAGGUUACUUAACUAGUUCAGAAGAAGACGAGAGAAAAGGCAUAAAUUGUUUCGAGAAUUUAGUUGCACACUCUUUUUUUCAAGAUUUUGAAAGAGAUGAACAUGAAAAUAUCAUAAGAUGUAAGAUGCAUGAUAUAGUGCAUGAUUUUGUGUUGUUUCUAACCAAGAAUGAUUGUUUUAACUCACACAUAAGUUCAAAAAAUGAUGAAUUGAAGCUACUAAGCUCAAAAGCUUUUCACUAUACAUUGUUACUUGAGUGUAAUGUGCCUAGAUCGGAAUACUACAAAUUAAACAUAAAUCUAUGUCCAAUUCUACAUUUAGAGUAUUUGUCAUGUACAUUCUCACCUUGGUCUAUAGUACCACCCUCAAUUUACAACAAAAGAAAAUUACUUACAUUGUCAAUAAUUGGUAAUCCUGGUUCAAUAAAAUGGGAUUUAUUGUUUAAAUUAACAUGUCUUAGGACUUUGAACUUGAGUGGUUGCUUACCUCCUAACUCAAAAAUACCAAAAGGUAUUGAUAAGUUAAUCCUUUUGAGGUAUCUUAAUUUAUCAAAUAAUGGAUGGCUUGUUCUUCCAAAAACAUUGGGAAAUUUGUUCAAUUUGCAAACUCUAAAUUUGGAGAAGAGUAGAGGUUGGCUUCCAAAAGAAAUUGGAAAACUUGUCAAUCUAAGACAUUUGUAUUUGGGUGAUUUUUGUUGUAAAUUUUCAAAAGAAUUAGGAAAAUUAACUGGUCUAAAGACUCUAGAAUCAUACAAUUUUUUAUAUGUAGUUGUUGAAAAAAGGGGGAAAAUGUUAUUUCAAAAUUGGAUGAUGUCAUUAAAUAAUUUGAAAAGUCUUGUACUUGUAAGGUGCAACUAUUGUGUUUCCUUAGGACCUUUUGGAAACCUCCCUUCUUUGGAGUCACUUACUCUAAAUUUUAUGAUAAAUGUGAAAACUUUGGGAAAUGAAUUUUUGGGAAUAGAAAACACAACAACGACAACAGAAUCAUUCCCGAAAUUGAAAACAUUACGCUUCAUAGAAUUUUGGAGUUGGGAAGAGUGGAAAUAUUGUAGUGAUAGGUCACAAGCAAUAAUGCCACGCCUCCAGUUCUUGCACUUUGAUCGUUGCGAGAAACUUGAGGCGCCGCUACCAGAGUUCUUGCGAAACACAAUGCUUAAGACCUUAACCAUAAGACAAUGUAACAAGUUGAAACCACUUUUCAAAGAAGGGUUAAGGAUGGAGGAAUUGGUCAACAUUCUCACAAGGUAG